AUGUCUGUUUGCAGAAGAGUACGUUCUAUUGAAUUCUAUUUUAUUGCGGAGAAAUAUACUGAUCUGCAACGUUUAAACUGCUUAUUAGAAUUCGGUUUACCACAGUACAGUAUACGAGAUGAUGGUACAUGUGUUAGGCAGGCAAGAGCUAUGUAUUACUUUUUCGAAGAUGUGUUAAAAUGGCCAGAUGGGUAUGAAAUACUCUUUAGUGGUAGCGGUUCAAUUAACUUGGAAAAACCAUGAAAUUUAAUAAAAAAUAGAAGCGGUAACAUAAAUAAGAUUGUUGAAGUUUUUUGUAAAUCAACUCGUUUACUCUGUUUCAUAAUAUGCAUGGCUGUCCUCCGCUUGCAAAAGCCUUUUCUUUUAUUCGUUUUUUUCUAGCAGGAAAUUGAAUUAUUGGCUUAUCGCACGUUACUUUUCUCAAUCUACCUCCCUAUAAGAUAAUACGUCCGGACGUAUGGGGAAAUUUCUGCACCGGUAUGCCGACGGGUAGUACGUCUUGAUUAGUGUCAAGACUAUACGUCCGGACGUAUGGGGAAAUUUCUGCACCGGUAUGCCGACGGGUAGUACGUCUUGACUAGUGUCAAGACUAUACGUCCGGACGUAUGGGGAAAUUUCUGCACCGGUAUGCCGACGGGUAGCCCGUCAUGCUCGACUUUUGGACACCCCGUCCUGUCUACUCCUCUGGUUCAGCAUCCGGUCGUACAUCAAGACUUGUAGUCCUGACACUUUUAAAAAAAAGAUUCCAAAUGCGGACUAGUCUGGACGGGUUACUCGGACACUUCGGACUAGUCCGGACGCCGGUCAACCAGGUUUUAUUGCUCACUUGGGUAUUUAAGAUGUAAACUACUUCAAUACAAUAAACAUUCUAAUGCUUUUGCUCUAAUAUCGACAAUUCCUAAACACUGUACGUGAACUGAAUUUCGACAUUGAGCUAAUAAAUUUUGUUUUUACAAUCGCUUUUUCGUUAUAGAAAAGCUCAGGCCUGAGGAACUUGAACUAGCCCUUACUGAACGGGGGAGUGACUACAGACGAAAACAAAGAAGAGCAUUCAUGAAAUUUAUUAGAUAUGCUCACAAUUAUUUGAUGGAGUUUAUCAUAAAUCAGUUAUGGCUACAUUCAACCUUCCUAUUUACAUUACAUAAAACAAUCACUCUAGUAAGGCUUCGUACGCAUAUAAAUGUGUGUAAAGUACAAGUAACUGUUGCCUGUACUGGGGAGAUGUAUUGCCGGAACAGACAAUGGCGAUCUUGCCUGAACUAGCAAUACUGGCAAAUCGGGAAAGAUAAAAUGGACGAUAUUGAGUAGAAUUUGUUUUUCAUUUCUCCCAUGAGAAAGGACGAAGGUUGAGCACAUAAUUUUGAUACACAAUGAAUAUACAAUGUGCAAGAAGAAGAAUAAAGACUUCCCGCCCGUUUGAGGAUCUAUGCUUCGGAGAUGGUAUCUUGUCUGAUCGUGCAGGUGACAACGGACUGACAGUAAGGAUGGGGGAGACAAAAUUUCGUGCUGAAUUCAUUCAGCACCGUUUUGACUCAUAAAGGCAUAAUCCAUUUGUACAUUCUAAUGUUUCUUACUUGCUACCUGAGUAACUGCAAUACAAAUGAAAUAAAAAGCAUCUUUUAUACCCCUAAAAGGGACCAGUUAAAACUUAAAAAUGACUAAAAUUACUCCAUAAAGGUCCGAGGGAAAAUGAAGUAGUCUACGAUAAUUGGCGCAUAAAACUCUAAAAAGUGAGACAUAUGCGACUGCACCCUAGACAAAAUCCUACACCGGUUUAUUUCCUACUAGGAUCCUAACAUUUAAGAUCCUAUUAUGAUCUGUUUAGAAUUUAGAAUCAUCGCAUUUUCUUGUUCGGAUCCUAUCCUAGGAAAUCCUAUGACUUUCGGGUAAUUGUGGUUCCAUUAGGAUUAUGUAGGAUUUUGUUAAGAUCACAAAAGACCCAAGCGAAAUCCUAGUAGGAUCCUGUCAGGAAAUUCAGAGGUCUCUUACUAAGGCAAAAGCUGUGUCAUGCUUCGAAGUCUUCCCUCCUCAGUUGUUUGUAAACCAUUGAGGGAACAGUCGGCCAUAUCAACGUAUGAUUAUGAAAUUAAUUUCUAAGCUUUAUGCAUGGUGCUUUAUGUAAACGCUAUAUGUGGCAUGACCACUUCAAUAUUUGAAUGAUGAGAUUUUACAUGGAAACUGCAAUUUGGGGUCCGAAAAUACACAACCAGUUAAAUGUCGGGUUUAUAAGCAAUUCAAAUUAAAAGUUUAAAAUCAAUGAGCAGUCUACAUUUUCUUCUGAUACGUUUGUCACUCUUCAUGUUUUUGCUUUUCACAUGCGGACCCC